CGCAACGGCUGUAUCCAAGACGUCGACCCUGCGAGUCGCGGUCGUCCUCGAGAGUUUCAGCACCCUCACUUCAGCGUCGGCUGCUGCCCAGGGUCAGCUGAAUCCUGCCUUCCCGCUCUCGGUCCCCGGCCACAACAUGGGCGACCUGGAGUUGCUACUGCCGGGGGAGGCUGCCGUGCUGGUGCGGGGGUUGCGCAGCUUCCCGCUGCGCGAGAUGGGAUCCGGAGGAUGGAACCAGCAGCAUGAGAACUUGGAGAAGCUGAACAUGCAGGCCAUCCUUGAUGCUACAGCCAGCCAGGGCGAGCCCAUCCAGGAGCUGCUGGUCACCCAUGGGAAGAUCCCGACGCUAGUUGAGGAGCUGAUUGCAGUGGAGAUGUGGAAGCAGAAGGUGUUUCCUGUGCUGUGCAGACUGGAGGACUUCAAGCCCCAGAACACUUUUCCCAUAUACAUGGUGGUACACCAUGAGGCCUCCAUCAUCAACCUUCUGGAGACAGUAUUCUUCCACAAGGAGGUGUGUGAGUCAGCAGAGGACGCUGUCUUGGACUUGAUAGACUACUGCCACCGAAAACUGACUCUACUCGUGGCCCGGAGUAGCCGUGGUGGCCCUCCUGAAGAGGAGGAGUGCCAGUCCAGCACCCCCAUGCAGCUUGAGCACCAUGUCGCCCCCCAGGAGCUGCAGAAGCAGGCAGAGCUGAUGGAGUUUGAGAUCGCAUCGAAGGCCCUCUCAGUGCUGCGCUACAUUACAGACUGUGUGGACAGCCUUUCCUUGAGCACCUUGAACCGCAUGCUCAGUACCCACAACUUGCCCUGCCUCCUGGUUGAACUGCUGGAGCACAAUCCGUGGAGCCGGUGGGAAGGAGGCAAGCUGCAGCAAUUUGAGGGUGGCCGUUGGCAGACAGUGGCCCCCUCAGAGCAGCAAAAGCUGAGCAAGUUGGAUGGGCAGGUGUGGAUUGCCCUGUACAACCUGCUACUGAGCCACGAAGCCCGGGCCCGCUACUGCCUCACCAGCUUUGCCAAGGGACAGCUACUCAAGCUUCAGGCCUUCCUCACAGACACACUGGUCGACCAGCUUCCCAACCUGGCAGGCCUGCAGGGCUUCCUGGCCCAGCUGGCCCUGACUGAAACCCAGCCCCCUAAGAAGGACCUGGUGUUGGAACAGAUCCCAGAAAUCUGGGAGCGGCUAGAGAGAGAGAACAGAGGCAAGUGGCAGGCUAUUGCCAAGUACCAGCUGCGGCAUGUAUUCAGCCCCUCAGAGCAAGACCUGCGGCUGCAGGCACGAAGAUGGGCUGAGACCUACAGGCUGGACGUGCUAGAGGCAAUAGCUCCAGAGCGGCCCCGCUGUGCCUACUGCAGUGCAGAGGCCUCCAAACGCUGCUCGCGAUGCCAGAAUGAAUGGUAUUGCUGCAGGGAGUGCCAAGUCAAGCACUGGGAGAAGCAUGGAAAGGCUUGUGUCUUGGCAGCCCAAGGUGACAGAGCCAAGUGAAGGCCACAGCCGCUAAGGGCCACCCACCCAUGCGGUACAACCCACUCAGAAUGUGCCCUGGACCUCAGGAUCUCAGCCUAGCAUCUGCCAGAGCCCCAGCUUCCCAGGUGGUGAGCACAGCGGGGAAGGGUACAGCUGCCGCCCCAUCUCCCCCAGUAAAGCGCUCCCCACUUCCUGCCCUACCCAGCGGGUAGGCUGAGGGCGCUGCCUCAGCAAGCAGGAGGCCUGGGCGGGGGCAAAGGCAAGGGCCGGAUGUGGGGACCCUGUUGGUCUAGCACAGUAAAGCUGGCCUCUAGAAA